AUGGAGGGUGAAUACAAAAAACUGGCCGAGUCAAUCCGAGCCCAAGCCGAUGCUCACCCACAACCACGGUUCUUAGUCGCCAUCGCAGGCAUCCCAGGCUCAGGAAAGACCACCACAGCCGAAGCAGUAGUCCAGCACCUGAACCAGUCGACCAAAUCUCGAGCAGCAAUUCUCUCAAUGGACGGAUUCCAUCUUUCCCGCGCAGCUUUGGACGAGUUCCCCGACCCGGCAAGUGCCCACGCUCGCCGCGGUGCACCAUGGACCUUCGACGUUGGUCGUUUCGUUGCCUUCAUACGUCAACUCCGUACCUGGGCCGACGAGGUGCCCCUUGCCAUCCCGUAUUCUGAGACGUGGUCAUCUGCCGAUAUCCUGUAUGCGCCUUCCUUCGAUCACCAGUCGAAAGAUCCUGUGGAGAAUGGGCUUACCAUCACGCCGGAUGCCUCGAUCAUUGUUGUCGAGGGCAAUUAUUUGUUGCUUGAUGACCCUGGUUGGCGGGAGCUUGCUGGAUUGGUUGAUUAUCGUGUUUUUGUCGAUACUGAUCCACUGGAAGCAAGGGGCCGCCUGGCUGCGCGACACUUGCAAGCUGGCAUUGAAAAGACACUGGAGGACGGAUACCGGCGAGUAGACAGUAAUGACUACCUGAAUGGCGUCUCGAUUCGAGAGAAGUUGCUGGCGCCGGAUCUUGUUGUACAGAACAGUGCAAAAAUCGGUGUCUGA